GGAUUGGCCGGGGCGGCUUUCGCUCCUCUGGUGGGCGGAGCUGCGGGCCACACAGCGGACCCCCAAGGGGACCGGUGGGACCCGUCCGUUGGCAGCCGAGUGUUGCUCGACAUGGGGGAGGCCGGGGCUGGCGCUGGCGCGCCAGGAGGGCCGGAGGCAAGCCCGGAGGCGGAGGUGGUGAAGCUGCUGCCCUUCCUGGCGCCGGGCGCGCGGGCGGACCUGCAGGCGGCCGCGGUGCGGCACGUGCUGGCGUUGACCGGCUCCGGGCCCGGCCGCGCGCUGCUGGCCGGGCAGGAGGCGCUGCUGCAGGCUCUGGUGGAGCUGGCGCCGGCCUCUGCCCCGGCCCGCGACGCGGCCCGCGACGCCGCCCGCGCGCUCGUGAACUUGGCCGCCGACCCCGGCCUGCACGAGACGUUGCUGGCGGCCGAUCCCGGGCUGCCAGCGCGGCUGCUGGGCCGCGCGUUGGACCCGCAGUGGCCCUGGGCCGAGGAGGCGGCCGCCGCGCUGGCCAACCUCAGUCGCGAGCAGGGUCCGUGUGCCGAGCUGAUGGCUGCGCUGGCGGCCGCGGAGCCGGCAGACUCGGGCUUGGAGCGGCUGGUGCGGGCGCUGUGCACGUCCGGCUACAACGCCCGCGCGCCCCUGCACUACCUGGCGCCGCUGCUCUCCAACCUCAGCCAACGCCCUGCGGCGAGGGCCUUCCUACUGGACCCCGACAGGUGCGUGGUCCAGCGGCUGCUGCCCCUUACCCAGUACCCCGAUUCCUCUGUACGCAGGGGCGGGGUGGUGGGAACGCUGCGGAAUUGCUGCUUCGAGCACCGACAUCACGAGUGGUUGCUUGGACCUGAGGUGGACAUUCUCCCCUUUUUGCUCCUGCCCUUGGCUGGGCCUGAGGAUUUCUCCGAGGAAGAGAUGGAACGGCUGCCUGUGGACUUACAGUACCUGCCACCAGACAAGCAGCGAGAACCUGAUGCAGACAUCCGCAAGAUGCUUGUUGAAGCCAUCAUGCUGCUGACAGCCACAGCACCAGGUCGGCAGCAGGUGCGGGACCAGGGAGCUUACCUGAUCCUUCGAGAGCUGCACAGCUGGGAGCCAGAGCCCGAUGUGCGGGCAGCUUGUGAGAAGCUCAUCCAGGUGCUUAUUGGGGAUGAGCCUGAACGUGGCAUGGAAAACCUGCUGGAGGUGCAGGUGCCUGAGGAUGUGGAGCAGCAGCUGCAGCAGCUGGAUUGCCGGGAGCAGGAGCAGUUGGAGCGGGAGCAGGAGCGGGAGCUGGAGCUGGCCCCAGAGCCAUGGGUGGAGAGGGCAACACCCACCUGAGGCCCCUGCAGCUGGACACCAGCUCCAGGGUCCCCUUUGCCAGGCUUUCUCAGACCAGGCCUUCCUGCAGCUGCCUACAGGCCCCUUGAGUCCCCUUGCUCAGAGACUGUGCCCUGCUGAGAAGCAGAGCUACUUAGGCUCCAGUAAGAAUUGGAGGCACUUCCCAGCUCUGUGCAGUGUUGCUACCACCAAGAAUGAAGGUUGCGCACAGCAGUACUGUGGACCAGGCACCGUGACUCGGCUGCCUGUGCAGAAGGUGAAGGUGGCAGGCAGAUAGCCAGGGAGCCAUGAGAAGACUUCCUGGGCACAGCAUGGGGACUGGACAGAAAACUACUGCAAGCCCCAAGGAGCCAGCUGAAGCUUCCAAGUCCCCAGGGCACUGCAGGGUCUGGACAGAGGUAUAAGUGCUGCUUUGUCAGCCCCACUCCCUGCGGCUCUCAGCUCCCUGUUCUCUGAGACCUGGCCUCAAAGGGCUGACCCAGCCAUACCUAGAUCCUGGGGUCUUUCUAGGACUGUGCCUCCCUGCUUGACCUAUGCUCCAGGACCCUACCCUCAACCCUUGUCAACUCCCUAUGUCUUCCUGUUUCCCAGUCUCAGAUUGGAUGGGUGCUCUCACUGGCCUCUCUAGCUAGGCCAUCUCCCUGGUCAGCUUCCUUGAGCCUGGGCCACUCCGCCCUGGCCUUCCUACCUCUGCCAAGAGCCUCCAGAUGAGCCUGCAGCCUGGCCCCUGUCCAAGCCUCUCCCCCAGCCACCCUCUGCCCCUGUGGUAGAGCCCACUAUGGGCCCAGGGAUCUUACUUGCUUCUCCCUUGGACCUGUGUGCAUCCCCCCACCUGCCAGGUCUGUGGCUGCCAAGCCCCACAGGGGCUUGCCACACUCUUCCCUUCCUGAGCCGAUCUGACCUCACUGCCACCUCUUGCAUUGGGCUCCUGAGGGCUGGCCCCUUCUCACUGAUGGGCCCUCCCAGGUCCCUUGAACCUGCUGAAGGAGCUUAACUUGUUUUCUUGAGCGUUCACAAUGCCUCACUCCACACCCUAAACCUGGAGGCUCGGGUGCCAGGCGUCUCCCGCCUCCAGGAUCUCCUCUUACCUGCCCCCAAUAAAGCUCUGCCACUCGUGCAGGCAUGUGUGGACCAUGUUUUCCCCUGACCAGAGCCCCCGCCUGCCAUUGGAAGCCACUUGCCCUCUCAGCACUCAGACAUCUGUACUCUCUUCACAGAAUAAAUGCUUUAUUUGGCCUUGC